AUGGAGUUCCCCGGGCACGGCGGGAGGCUGCUGGGGCGCCUGAGGCAGCAGCGUGACCUGGGCUUUCUGUGCGACUGCACCGUACUGGUGGGCGACGCGCGCUUCCCGGCCCACCGCGCCGUCCUGGCCGCCUGCAGCGUCUACUUCCACUUCUUCUACCGAGACCGGCCCGCCGGCGGCCGCGACGCAGUGCGACUCAGCGGCGACAUCGUCACGGCGCCCGCCUUCGCGCGCCUGCUGGACUUCAUGUACGAGGGCCGCCUGGACCUGCGCGACCUGCCCGUCGGGGACGUGCUGGCCGCCGCUAGCUACCUGCACAUGUACGACAUAGUCAAGGUGUGCAAGCGCCGCCUCCGGGAGCAGGAGCGCAGCGCCCAGAGCCCCGGCGCCUCGCUGCCGCGCCCGCCUCCCGCCUGGACCCCUGACCCAGGCCCGGCCGCCCAGAAGGCCGGGCCCCCCCCUCCCUGGCAGGCUCCCGGAGAGGCUGACCGGGCCCUGGACCUGUCCCUGAAGCCAGGCCCGAGGCCGGAGCCCGUGCGCCCACCCCGAGCUCUCCAGCCAGCCCCCAGCAGCCACACGCAGCUAGGAGCCCGGCCUCCCGUCAAGGCUGAGCCGGAUUCCUUGUGCAGACAGAAAGAGGGCAGAAGCCCCCGCAGCCCCCUAUCUCCCGCCGGCGCGGCGGCCCCCCAGCGCUUGGCCGACUCGGAGCCGCGGCGGGGCGUGGGGGCCUGGGCUGAGGAGCAGGCGCCCGCCGGUCCCCUCCGCGUGUGCCCGCUGUGCAGCAAGCUCUUCCCCAGCGCGCACGUGCUGCAGCUGCACCUCAGCGCACACUUCCGCGAGCGCGACGGCGCCCGGCCCCGGCUGUCGCCCGACGGCGCGACACCCACGUGCCCCCUGUGCGGGAAGGCCUUCUCGUGCGCAUACACGCUGAAGCGGCACGAACGCACGCACUCGGGCGAGAAGCCCUACACGUGCGCGCUGUGCGGGAAGAGCUUCCAGUACUCGCACAACCUGAGCCGCCACGCCGUGGUGCACACGCGCGAGAAGCCGCACGCCUGCCGCUGGUGCGAGCGCCGCUUCACGCAGUCCGGCGACCUCUACCGCCAUGUCCGCAAGUUCCACUGUGGCCUCGUCAAGUCCGUGCUGGCGUGA